AUGUCUGAUAUCUCCAACGAGAAAAUGGCUUCCACGACCGAGAAGUCUGGCGGCACCGACACGCCGCCCGAGAUCAUCCACAGCCAAGAAGAGAGGCAGCCCACCGGGAAGCCAUGGAUGUACAAGGAAUUUAAACUGGGGCCCAUCACCAUUCCCGCAUAUGCCUCACCUCAGUUCCAGAUUGUCUUCGUUGCGCUGGUGUGCUUCCUGUGCCCCGGCAUGUUCAAUGCAGUCAAUGGUCUGGGUGCCGCCGGUCAGGUCAAUGCGCACGACAUUAACAAUGCCAGCACCGCCCUGUACUCCACCUUCUCCGUGGUGGGCUUCUUCGCCGGCAGUAUCGCCAACAAGAUUGGUCUGCGCUUGACCCUGGGCUUGGGGGGUUUCGGAUACACCCUGUACAUUGCCUCGAUCUUGUCCUACAACCACAAUCAGAACGCAGGCUUCCUCAUCUUCGCUGGUGCCCUGCUGGGUGUGUGCGCUGGUCUUCUCUGGACUGCCCAGGGUGCGGUGAUGAUGUCUUACCCCCCGGAGAAAUCCAAGGGUCGGUACAUCGCCGUGUUCUGGAUGAUUUUCAACUUGGGUGCCGUGAUAGGUGCUCUGAUCCCCCUCGGCCAGAACCUGCAUUCCACGGCCAACAAGGUGAAGGAUGGUACAUACAUUGCCUUCAUCGUCCUGAUGGCCGUGGGCUUUGUGCUGGCCGGAUUUCUCUGCAAUCCUUUCCUCGUUCGACGCAGUGACGGCUCGCGCGUCAUCCUGAUGAAGAACCCGACCUGGAAAUCCGAGAUCAAGGGCCUGUUCGAGGUCCUGGUGACGGAUUGGUACAUCAUCUUCCUCUUCCCCAUGUUCUUCGCCUCCAACUGGUUCUACACCUACCACUUCCAAGACGUGAACCUGCCCUACUUCAACAUCCGCACUCGCUCCUUGAACAACGUCUUGUACUACCUGUCCCAAAUCAUCGGCGCCUGGAUCUUCGGCUUCUUGCUCGACACCACCUACUUCCGCCGCACCACCCGUGCCAAGAUCGCCAUCGGAACGCUCUUCGUGCUCACCUUUGUCAUCUGGGGUGGCGGCUACGACUUCCAGAAACGAUACAACCGCACCGAGACCAGUGCCGACGACUACCACAAGCUCGACUUUACCGACCCGGGCUAUGUCGGCCCUAUGUUCCUGUACAUGUUCUAUGGAGCAUACGACUCUGUGUGGCAGACCACUUCGUAUUGGCUCAUGGGCGCACUGACCAACAACGGGCGCAAACUCGCCAACUUCACCGGCUUCUACAAGGGUAUUCAGUCCGCCGGGUCCGCCAUCUCACCGCAACUUGAUGCCAACUAUGUUUCUUUCAUGACCGAGUUCGCCGUCAACUGGGGCAUGCUGGCCGGCUCUCUCGUCGUGGCGGCCCCGGUCAUCUGGAUUAAGGUCAAGGACACGACCGACAUCGACGAGGAUCUGAAGUUCACCGACGAGACGAGGGCGGACGUCCUGCCCCCGAGCCCGGUCGGACCCAUCGUGGGUGCCGAGGGCAUGAUGGCAGAGAAGCAGGAGAAGGUUUAA